CUGGUACUGUUUCUUUUUUCUUCCUAUUCCCGCGGUAGAAGGCGUAGAAGAAAAUUUAUUUUUUUUUUCUUCUCGCGGAGGAAUGGAUCUCAUCUGGAAUGUUGUCACAGCAGGGGUCUCUCUGAUAGCAACGAUAUGUGUGUGGCAACUGGCUCGCGAUUUCCUUUGGAGGCCUCGGCGGCUCCUCCAGGCUUUCAAGCAGCAAGGCGUCCUGGGACCGGUUCCACGCUUGUUCCUCGGGAACUUGGAUCAAGUACGCGAGCUCAUGGCAGUCGAAGUUGUCAAGAGUUCCACUGGCGAAAUUAGAGACGACAAUCAUGGUGGCGUUGUGGCGAAAGUCCUUCCUUACUAUGCAGCGUGGUCCAGAUCAUACGGUGAAACGUUUUUGGUGUGGUGGGGAUCACAGCCAAGGCUGAUGAUAAGCGAUCCAGAGCUGAUGAAAGAAGUGCUUUGCGACAAAAGUGGGAGUCUUGACAGGGAUCCCGGCCAGCAUGCCGCCAGGGAUUUGUUUGGGGAUGGGAUUGCGUUGCUGACUAUGAACGAGAGAUGGUCCCAAAAGCGAAAGAUGGUCUCUUUGGCUUUCCACAACGAGAAGCUGAAGUUGAUGAUCGAUGCUAUGGUAGCUUGCGUCGAGGAGAACCUCAAGCAGUGGAAAACCACCGAGGGACCGGUGGAUGUUGCGUCAAAGCUCCGAGACAUCACACAGGAUGUUUUGUGCCGGACGGCUUUUGGGACGAGCUACGCGGCAGGAAAGGAAGUUUUCGAGAUGCAAAUCGAGCAGCAAUACAUUCACUUGGAGUGGCAAGGUCAAGUUCAUCUGCCUGGUUUUAGAUUUCUUCCAACGUCCGCCAAUCGACGCAGGUGGACUUUAAAGCAACAAAUCGACAGCAAGCUUCGAAAAAUCGUCGUAAACCGAUUGAAGGAGUCGAGUGUCAGUGGAUCAUACGGGAAGGAUCUCUUGGGAUUGAUGCUGGCUGCAAAAGAUGGAGUUUUGGAUUUUAACAACGGUAAGAAGCUGGACAUCCAGGUGACGAUGCAGGACGUGAUCGACGAGUGCAAAACUUUCUUUUUCACGGGACAAGAAACGUCCGCAGCUCUACUAGCGUGGACGAUGCUGCUUUUGGCACUCAAUCCCGACUGGCAGACUCGGCUACGUCAAGAAGUUUGUCAAGUUUGUGGACAAGUCUCCGCUCCAAACACUUUGGAGAUGCUCGGCAAUCUCAAAUCCAUGACAAUGGUGAUCAACGAGGCUCUUAGAAUGUAUCCCCCGGUUCCUUUGCUAAAUCGCUACACACACAACAAGGUCAAGCUCAAAGAACUCGUCAUCCCAAAAGGAACUCUGCUACUCGUGCCUCUGAUCGUCAUAAACUACAACGAGAAGUUCUGGGGGGUAGAUGCCAAGAGCUUCAAUCCAGAUAGGUUCGUCUCCCAACAGCAAAGGCCGUUCUUGCCGUUCUCCGUGGGGCCGCGAACUUGCGUGGGACAGAGCUUCGCCAUGAUCGAGACGAAGAUCAUCCUUGCGAUGAUCCUACGCAAGUUCAAGUUUGAGCUCUCGGAAACUUACGUCCACUCGCCAUUUCAGGUGCUAACUUUGCAGCCAAAGUUUGGCAUGCCGAUGAAUCUCCUGGCAAACCAGUGAAAGUCUUCAAAGAACAAUAACAUUUUCCAAACUAUGACGAACAGUAUAUAUACACCGUUAAAGAAAUAUAAAUUUGUGUUACCUUUUAACGAAUCAAGGUUAUCUU